AUGAGCGGUAACAGCAAGGCUCUUGCAUCCAAGUUGUGCUUGGCAUCGGCCAAGAAAUUUCAAUAUGUGUUGACCAAUUCGACUCUUCCUGAUUAUUGUGUCGGAAAGGAUAUGAGCAAGGAAGAAAUGAAUGAAUUCUUACCUGAAUUUUUCAAGUUUUUGCAAGAGCAAGGAGUGAAAGACAAAAAUUUAUCGGGAGAGUUAUUAGAAGAGAAAUUAAAAGAAUAUUCACAGAAAUCCAUUGGAAUGGACACUUCCGAUGAUAGGUUUGACAAUAAUGACAGCGUAGUACUUGGACACAUAGAUGCUAUUCAGGUCAUCAAUGCAGAUGAAAAACCAUACUUUUCGUAUAAUUUAUCAAGAAAGAUAUUUGAAGCUGAAGAUAGGAAAAGCACAAGCUUAUUUUCGGAUGUGCAACAAAAAGUUGAACUAUUUCGCGAUAGAUACAAAAUCAUUUAUCAAAGAGUUUUGAGAGACAAGGACUUUAACCCAACAGAUCCUAACGCUAUUUCUUUGACAAGCAUUGAAUCGCUCUUGGGAAGUAGAGGAACAAGAUACAUCAUGGGUAUGAUUACAAAGAAAUCUGGAAAUAUUUAUCAAGUGGAAGAUUUAAAUGGAGUGGUUCAAGUAGAUGUCACUAAUGCUACCACGAAUGAACGGGGAAUGAUUGUAGAAGGAUGUUUCGUAAUUAUUUCUGGAGUGUUUGACAGUGUCACAAAAGUUUUUAAAGCAUCGGCAAUAAUUUUACCACCGUUUGAAGAGCGAGAACAAUCCGAAAAGUUCUUAUCCACAGGGAGAGCCACCAUGUUGGACAUGUUUGGACCUUCCACACCUGAAACAUUGCAAAAAUUGAAAAAUAAGGAAGAAUUAUCUAAGGAUGCUUUCAUUGUCGUUGUGUCGGAUGUUUGCCUGGAUAAACCUAACGUAUUUGAGAAAUUGGGUUUAUUAUUUGAUUAUUUCAAAUGGAAUCAACACAAUAGAGUUUCUGGAGAUCGAUAUGAACUAAUUCCAGCAAUAUUUUUAUUUAUUGGAAACUUUAUUUCAAGACCAUUUCAAUUCUAUACCACUGGAAGCUCCUCUAGCUCAGCUGCAACCUCUGACCGUGUACAGUACCAAAAGAACUUUGAAAAGCUUGCUAAAAUGAUAGAAGAACGUUUUCCAAAUUAUAUUCAUACAUCGAAAGAAACGGAAAACGCUCCACUGUUUGUAUUUGUUCCUGGUCCAAAUGAUCCUACGUUAUCACCGAACGGAGUCUUACCCAAGUCGUCAGUGCUGAGCAAUAUCAGCAAGGCCUUCAAGUCAAAAGUACCAAAUAGCAUUUUCACAACGAAUCCUUGCAGAAUUCGCUUUUACACACAUGAAAUUGUGAUAUUCAGGCAAGAUUUACAGCAACAAAUGAGACGUCAUGCCAUUGAAGUGAACAAGAAUGAAGAGAGUUCGAAACCAAUGUAUCAAAGCAUAAGUGAAAUUGUACUUUCUCAAUCUCAUCUGACUCCCUUUGCACUUCAUGUACAACCCAUAUUUUGGGCUCAAGAUCAUUCACUCAAUUUAUUCCCAUCUCCACAUUCUCUGAUUCUGUCCGAUCGAUGUCAACCCUUUAAAACCAAUGUUGGUGGUUGUCUUUGUUUCAAUCCUCCCUCGUUCCCAGUAGACUUUUCAUUUGAAAUAUUUUCGCCACUCUCUUACAAUGAGCAAGGCAUUCCGUUCGCAGAAACUCAUACCCUUCCCAAUCUCUCUGAGGAUCAUUAA